AUGGCCCCAAAGAAGAAAGAACAUAGCGAUGACCUACGAAGCCUUGUGAUCAAACAUCAUUUGAACGGCGAUUCUCAACGAGAAAUAGCAAAAAAAGUUCUGUUGAGUCGAGAAACGGUGCGAUCGAUGAUAAACAAAUACAAGAAUACGAAGUACAUCGGAAAUCUUUUCGGUCGUGGUCGCAAACGCAAGACAACAACGACGACGGAUCAAUUGAUCCAAAGGAAAUUGAAAAUCGAUCGACGAAAAACAGCGCGCAGUGUUACAUCUGAACUGGGAAUCGUCAUCAGCCAGUCGACUGUUCAACGUCGCGCACAUGAAAUAGGACUAUUUGGUCGAGUUGCUCGAAAAAAACCAUAUGUUAGUAAGAUGGACCGUGUGCAACGUCUCAAGUAUGCAAAAGAGAUGUUAGAAAAGCCAUUUGACUACUGGGAUACUGUUGUCUGGUCAGACGAAUCAAAGUUCAACUUAUUUGGUUCAGAUGGAAAGGUGAUGGUGUGGAGAAGUCGGAAGGAAGAAUUCGAUCCUAAAUGUACUUUACCAACAGUCAAGUAUGGAGGCGGCUCUGUGAUGGUAUGGGGCUGUUUUACGAAGAAAGGAGUUGGGAAGUUGUACAUUUUGGAUCGUAUCAUGGACCGCUUUCAUUAUCGGGAAAUACUGGAGAAGAAUCUGAUACCAUCCAUACGACAACUGAGCCUUGGAACGAAUUUCACGUUUAUGCAUGACAACGAUCCUAAGCAUACCUCGGCAUUGGUCAGGAAUUGGUUGAGAAAUAAUGGGGUUAGAGUUUUGCAAUGGCCUUCUUCGUCUCCGGAUUUAAAUCCCAUAGAACAUUUGUGGGACGUAUUGGAAGAUCGUGUCAAGAAACGUCAGUCAAAAAACAAGGCAGAGUUGGCGUUGCAUCUGGCAGAGGAAUGGAACAAGAUUGAACUACCAGUCUUAGCAAAGUUAAUUGGAUCGGUUCCCAGUAGAUUGAUUGAAUGUAUCAAGAUGAAAGGCUAUUCAACUCGUUACUAG